UCAUCAACCCUUUUUCCUCACGUUUUCGUAGUGAACGACAGCAGCGAAACUUGAAUCAAAAUGGGUAGCGUUCGUACAAAGACCAUCAAGAAGGUCUCUAAGGUCAUCUUUGAAAAGUACUACAUCCGGCUGACGAUGGAUUCCCACACAAACAAGCGCAUCGUCGAGGAAGUGGCGAUCAUUCUUACUAAUCCCCUGCGCAACAAGACCGCUGGUUUCGUGACACACCUGAUGAAGCGUCUGCGCCACUCGCAGGUCCGUGGUAUCUCCAUCAAGCUGCAGGAGGAGGAAUGUGAGCGCAGAUAUAACUACGUACCGGAGGUGUCCGCUCUGGAGCAGGACAUCAUCGAAGUGGAUCUGAAGACCAAGGAGAUGUUGAAGCAGCUGGACUUCAACAACAUCGUUGUCCAGAUGACCAACCCGUCGGCGCAGGGCUACAGCCGUCGCAACUAAGUCUGCUGCAAGUAAAGAUCGUUGGGAUGUUCUAGAAUUUCCCACAUCCGCGUGAGAGAAAAAAGAACAGUUACUCAUUUUUUUCGUUUCCUAAUUUGAGAAAUACUUGCAUGGACCAAUCAAGUUUCGUCUAUUUGUUUGUUUCAAUGGAGCCAAUUUCAAUAAACUAAAAGAUCCAUCAUAUUCUGAAUUUGGCAUAUUGGCUUUAAUGAAAGUAAUCUACACUCUAUACAAGAUGUAUUUUAGUUUGUUACGUUUUUCUCAAAAACUCAGUCACUUGAUUAUUUUGACAACUCCAUCAGUGAUCAUUCUAUCACUAUCGGAGUGUAGUCUAUUAGGAUCUCUGCUUUCUCUAUCAGAGUAAGAUUUCUGUGGUACUCCGCCUUCUCUAUCGG